CCCCAAUAUUUCCCCCAACUUCCCCCUCCUAUUUCCCCCAUUUCACCCCUGGAAUUCCCCCCCCAAACCCCGCCCCGUGCAUCCCCAUGGAAUCCCAGUGCGAUUACUCCAUGUACUUCCCCGCCGUCCCCUUCCCUCCGCGGGAGUUUUUGGCGGGAGAUUCCUCCGGUUACCGCGCGCUGCCGCGCCGCAACCACCUGUACCUGGGCGAGACCGUGCGCUUCCUGCUGGUGCUGCGCAAGAACGCCACAACCCCCGAAGGAACCCCGAAGGAACCCCCCGGAAGGAAGCGGAACCCGAAGGAACCCGAGAGAAUCCCCGAGAGAAUCCCCGAGAGAAACCCCGAGAGAAUCCCCGAGGCAACUCCCGCCAACCCCGCGGCGAUUCCCGCCAACCCCGACAGAAGCCCCGCCCACUCCAGCAGAAGCCCCGCCCCCUGCGGCGGCAAUUUCCCGGGAAAAACGCCCUGGGCUCAGCUCGCCGCGUCGCUCUCGGCGCUCGCCACCGUCACCAGCGGCGACAGCCGGGCCCGCGAGGAGGAGGACACCGAUCCCGGCAACAAUCCCGGCGAAUUCGGCAAUUUCGGCGAUGCCGAGGAUUCCCGGGAGCCGCCGCCGCUCUUCCGGGAGUGCCGCGCGCUGCUCACGCACUCGCGGGGCAGCGCCGGCGCCGGGCUCCCCGUGGACGAUCCCAUCAUCUCUCAGGACGAGGUCAUCUUCCCCCUCACCGUGGCCCUGGACCGGCUCCCGCCCGGCACCGCCAAGGCCAAGAUCGUGGUGACCGUGUGGCAGCGGGACACGGAGCCCGCGGAGCUGCAGGAGGGGACAGGGACAGAGCCAGGCCAGGUGACAAUGACAGGGCCAGGGCCAGGGGGGUACCUGAGGCUGCUCCAGGGCCGCGCCCCCGGCCAGGUGUUCCGGCAGCAGCACGGCGCCUUCAAGGCACAAGUGUCCACGCUGCUGACGGUGCUGCCACCUCCCCGUGUCCGCUGCCGCCAGGUGACCGUGUCCGGCAAGUACCUGACCGUGCUCAAAGUGCUGAACGGCUCGUCCCAGGAGGAGCUGUCCCUGUGGGACGUGCAGGUGCUGCCCAAUUUCAACGCCAGUUACCUGCCCGUGAUGCCCGACGGCUCCGUGCUGCUCGUGGACGACGUCUGCCACCACUCCGGGGAGGUGCCCGUGGGCGCGUUCUGCCGCGUCCCCGGGUGCCACUCGGGGUGGCCGUGUCCCCUGAGCGCCCUGGAGGAGCAGAACUUCCUGUUCCAGCUGCAGGCGCCCGAGCGGCCGCCCCGCGACGCCAAGGAGGGCCUGGAGGUGCCGCUGGUGGCCGUGGUCCGGUGGUCAACGCCGAAGCUGCCGUUCACCAACAGCAUCGUCACCCACUACCGGCUGCCGAGCAUCCGCCUGGAGCGGCCGCGCUUCGUCAUGACGGCCACGUGCGAGUCGCCCGUGGUGGCCCUGCAGCGCUUCACGGUCACCUACACCCUGCUCAACGACCUGCAGGACUUCCUGGCCGUCCGGCUGGUCUGGACACCCGAGGCCACCGCCGGAAAAUCCCGCGGCUCCCUGGACUCCGUGGUUUGCCACACGCCGCUGACCAACCUGGGCUACUCGCGCAAGGGCAGCGCCCGAACCUUCCGUGUGGCCUUCCAGGCGCUGCGGGCCGGGCUCUUCGAGCUGUCGCAGCACAUGAAGCUGAAGCUGCAGUUCACGGCCAGCGUGAGCAGCGCCCGAGGCCUUCCGCGAAGAGCAGCCCCAGCUCCCGCGCCCCGCCGCUCGUGCGCCGGCCUGGGCGCCGCCCCCACCUCGCACCAGCAGCCGGCGCGCAGCCACCUCAUGAGGUCCGGCAGCGUCAUGGAGCGCAGGGCCAUCACGCCCCCCGUGGGGUCCCCCGUGGGCCGCCCCCUGUACCUGCCCGCGGGUGACAAAGCCGUGCUGGCCCUGGACAAGAUCGCCAAGAGGGAGUGCAAGGUGCUCGUGGUGCCACCCGUCAAGUGACAGCCUGGGGACAACGGGGGGACAGCGUGGGGACAACAUGGGGACAAUGGGGGACAGCUUGGGGACAGCGUGGGGACACCACCGGGACAGUGGGGACAGUGCUGGGACCUUGGGGACAUCGUGGGGACACUUCUGGGACAGAACUGGGGUGGCAUGGAUGGCACUGGGGACAGUUUGGGGACAGCGCUGGGACCUUGGGGACAUUGUGGGGACAUUGCCAGAGUGGCAGGGACGGCUCUGCGACACUGGGGACAGGGGGACAUUGGGGACAGGGACUGAGGGGACAGGGCCACCCCCAGUGCCACCUUCAGGACCUUGGGGACAUUGGGGACAGGGCCACCCCCGGUGUCCCCAGUGUGCCAGGGACAGGGACCAAGGGGACAGAGCCAUCUCCAGCUUGGGGACACUCUGGGGACAUUGGGGACAAUGGGGGGGGGGUCGCUGCCACUGCCACGUGCCAUGGAGGGGACCUUGGGGACACCUUGGGGACACUUUGGGGACACAGCCUGGAGCCGUGCCCGCGUUUUGGGGGAUUUUGGGGACAUUUGGGGACAUCGGGGAAGUGUCCCCGAGCCAAAGUGGGGGAGGGGAGGGGCCUGCAGUGCCACCCCCGGGUUGGGGACAUUGGGGACAAGGGUGGCACCUCUGUCCCUGUUAUUUAUUGCCAAUAAAGAG